GGCGCAGCGACAGAGGGCGGGAGGGAGUCGCUGGCCCCUCCGCCCUGGCCCCGUCCCCCGGGCUUUCGGGAAACCCCAGGGCUGGGGUCCAAAAUCCUCGGAUUCCAGUACGGAGCCCGAGCCCGUGCCAGGGCUGGCUCCGAGGGGCUCGCGCUCUCCAGCAGCUCCGCUGCGGCAAGUGCGUCGUGGCCUGGACUCUGACGCCCGGCAUCUGGGUUCUCCCGGGGCAGAGGGGCAGGAGGACGCUGCCCGUUCUGCGUGUGGGCCCCCGCCCAGCUCUCCGGAGAACAGUGGCUCUCCUGCCCCGCGCCAUUGCUCUGAGACGGCUGCCAAACAAGACAAAACCCCGGGGACUGCCUCUCCUUCCUGGCCAGGCUCGCGGGAUUUCCGCCAAGGGCUGCCUGGACAGUCCAGCCACUCCCUUCUCCAACUACCGCUCAUCACUGGGUCGUGGACGCUGUGACAGCACACUGAACAGACCCCCGACUCCCGGGUCACUCUGUUAUGUGAAUGACGGCCUGCCACGUGCAUCGCAGUUGGGUGGCUCCGAACACACGUGUACACCUGUGCGGCCCCACGCUCCAGGGAACGGGCCGGUCCCAUGUCACGGGCCAGCCGGGCCGGCUGCGAUGAGGGGAGGGGGCUGGUCACCACCCGCUCGCGAGCAGGCAGCCGUGUCUCAGAAGCUCCCCGUGCUCUGGUACUCACAGGUGCGCGUCCAUCCCUCUCCCAGAGCCACUCCCCCGAGUCCCUGCAAUACCCACCCUGCUUCUCACCUGCCCGCACUCCAGGCCCCGACUCAGCCCGCGGCCAGGUGGCUCUCCUCAGAGCUCUGCCGGCCCGCUGCAGGCCCGCUCACAGACGGGAGGCGCAGAGAGGUGCGGGGUGGUCUGGCGUCACGUGGCACUGAGCCGGGCCACACGGCACGCCCUCAGCGGGCAUCCGCCGGCCCGCAGCAGGCUGUGCCGCGUCCGACCACACAGCAGGCUCCUCGCACCAGCAGAACCAGCGAGAGGGGCCAGGGCCUGGACAGGGGCAGGUGGGCAGGUAGUGUGCAGGCCUCCGAGGGGAUGGGCCAGGGCCAUGCGGUGACCCUGGGGCCCACCAGGCUUCCCUCUAGACAGCCCUGCAGCUGGCACUGGGAGCCCCUGGCAGAGGACAGGGUGGGCCGGAGUGGCCACUCACUCCACGGAGACCCAGCCCGAAGACACCCACCAGCAGCGGACUGCCCAGGGCAGAAGGCACCCAGUCACGAUGCCAUGGUGGUCACGGACACGGAGGCUCGGGAAUCAGUCUGCAGAGGCGGAGUGCAGAAACGCGCCAAGGAGAUGGUGAGGUCAGCCCGGCGAGGGCCGGCAGGGCUGCAGCCAUCUUGAACGCCAGGCAGGCUUCUAGGAGAACCACUGGCCGCGGGCCGAGUCGGGGCCUGGAGGG